CGGUUCCUGUUUUUCCUCUUUGUCCUGGGAAGUUCUGACGUUUACUUUGCCACUGGACUCCAGAAAGAAGAGAAGGCGGCUGUGACCAAACGCAGCUCCAAGGUGUUGGAGGCUCUGCAAAAGCUGAACAUCCAGGCCAACCAGGCUCCAGUGAUUGCUGUCCUGGGCUCUGGUGGGGGGCUGCGGGCCCACAUCGCUUGUCUUGGGGUACUGAGUGAGAUGAAAGAACUUGGCCUGUUGGAUGCUGUCACAUACCUUGCAGGGGUCUCCGGGUCUACUUGGGCGUUGUCUUCAUUCUACAACAACAAUGGAAAUAUGGAAGGGAUGGAAGAGGAGCUGAAACAGCGAUAUGAGGAGAGUACCUGGCACUUUGGAGAGAACUUGGAGAAAGCCAUACAGGCAUCAAAGAAAAAGAAUUACUCCUUGACUGACUUUUGGGCCUAUUUUGUUGUUUCCAGGCAAACCAGAGAAUUACAGAACUCUAACUUGUCCAGCAUAAAGAAGCAUGUGGAAGAAGGACUGCUUCCCUAUCCAAUCUUUGCAGCCAUUGAUGGUGACCUUCAGCCUGACUGGAGGAUGAGAAAAACUCGGAAGUCCUGGUUCGAAUUCACACCUCAUCAUGCUGGCUACCCUGCACUUGGGGCUUACGUCCCCAUCACGCAGUUUGGAAGCAGAUUUAAGAAUGGAAAAUUGGUUAGAACUGAGCCUGAGGGAGACUUGAAUUACCUGAGAGGUUUAUGGGGAAGUGCUAUAGCUGAUAGAGAAGAAAUUAAGAAAUUUAUUUGUGACAUGUUAGCAGACCUGAGAGCAAAAUUGAACCAGGGACAUUUGUUUAUGGCAGAUGUGUUUGGUGAACAGAAGUACUUCUGGCUGAUUGAGGCGGUCCAGAAUUGGAAUGAGAUCUCUCCCAAGGAGAAGGAGCAGUUUCUUGAAUAUCUGUUGUACUGCUUCAUGAGGACAAAAGCGCUUCCUUUGGGUCCCAGGUCUAGACCAACAAACUGGAUCGGGAGUUAUUUCCAGGACACUUUUACUUUUCUGUGUAAAACUGCAAUUUGUUGUUUGAAGUGGGAGUGGGGAACUGUUUACAACUUCCUCUAUAAAAACGGUAACAUCACAGAUGAGGCCAUGCAGAGCCGGGAGUUUCUACAUCUGGUGGAUGCUGGUUUGGCUAUCAAUACUCCCUACCCGCUUGUUUUGCCUCCAGCUCGUAAAGCUCACCUCAUCCUCUCGUUUGACUUCAGUGCUGGAGAUCCACUAGAGACCGUCAGGACCACAGCGGACUACUGCCAACGCUAUGGAAUCACUUUUCCUCAAGUGAGAGAGGAUCAGCUAAAGGAGUGGGCCAAAGCCCCAGAGAGCUGCUACAUCCUCAGGGGGGAAACUGGACCUGUUGUCAUGCAUUUUACUCUGUUCAACAAGAACAACUGUGGAGAUGACAUUGACACAUGGAGAAAAAAAUAUGAGACAAUGAAACCAUCUUGUUUCUACACACCAGAACUUGUGGCAGAUUUGCUGAGGGUGUCUAGGGAGAAUGUUCGAAUAAACAAGGAUAAUAUCCUCAGUGAGAUGAGGAAAGUGGCUGGGAAAACUGGCAACUUGCCAAGGAUGAAUAAGGAGGACUUCUUGGGAUACAGAGUGCAGAAUGUCCAAAGCUCUCGGACUGUGGAGAUUAAGAUAUCCAACAACACGGACAUAAUAUUCAAGGAGCCCUUGCACUACUUACGGAGUGGGCAUUUACUAGUGGACCCACCACCUGUGCUGUCUCCAAAGUCCACCAUCAGCUGUUCCUUUGUGAAGAAGAGCUCCAGCUUCCAGGGCACUGUGGGCAUGCUGAUCUACCAGGGCCCAAGUGUCCACCUGGCCUUACUGUUCUCUAUUCCUUUCAACUAUGCGCUUCACAGAAUUAAGUUUGCCUUAGCCAUCAUAACCGAGCCAGUCUCCAGAGACCUGGAGAGUGUUUUUGAUGACAUCAUUCAGGGAAAUGGGUCUCCAGAGCAAAAGGUAGCAAAGUAUGAACUUCAGCUCCCUCAGGGGACCCUGAAGCUGGAACAUGACUCCUUCAUCAUCAGAGCCACAAUGUCCAACAUCCAUGUGGCUAAAAUGGAUGUAGUGGUUGAGACCAAAGCUGUUUAAAAGUUUCCUCCCUUCGUCCAUAACUGCUCAUUUUACACUUUGGUCAGAUUGCUUGCCUCUGUAAAAGGAGAGAUCUCAUCUGAAAUCAUGGCCCAUCUCUGCAGAGCCAAAAAACUCUGUAAACGCUUUCUGCUUGACUAACAGAUUCAUGAUGCAUUUCUUAGUCUCUUAGCACCCUGCUGUAUCCUAUGUCACCCUUGAUGUAUCCUUUAUUCUUCAUUCCCUGACAUGCUGUGUGGCUUGCUUUCCAUACUUUUCUCCCUCAAUAUCUUCCCUUCAGUCUGUUUUAGAUAGGUGCCUUCCUUGGCUGUCUUGUCUGCUGCCUCAGCCCUCCUUUCUGCUUGCCUGUCUCCCUCCCACCUGUAAGUCCAAGGUCAAGCUCGAUGACUCUGUAUCUGAUUUGGGCCUUGUUCCCACAGUUUACUCAUUGUAAGAGCACAGGCAAGUCCUUUCACAUGUGAGCCUCGCUUUCAUCAUCUGUGGAGUAGAUAAUUGUGUCUGUGUCCUGGGAGGCUCAUGAAUGAAGUCCUAAGACCCUAAGGGCAGCCCUGGUAAAGACAAAGUUUUCAAGAGGCAGUACUCAUUAUUUUUUCCCCAAGCCGAUGUUUGUUUCUUUUGAUUAAAAAUUUUUUUCUUUUUUUUAUUUUUUUAUUUUUAUUUUUUUAUUUUUUAAUUUAUUU